UAUCCUCUCUUAGAUACCUGGUUAAAAUUAUUCAAUCACUACCUACUUAUUAUAGAAUCAUUAGAAUCUAGAUAUCUGAUAUUUUAUAUAAAUUUAUGAUUUAUAAAAUUUCAAAGCAUAAUUUUAUUAUUACUAGUAUUUUUAUUUUCAAGUGACAUGUGUCCCACGACUUUUUAGUUGAACGUGAAAAAUAUGUGACAAGUUUAAAAACAAUAAUAAACCCAGAUUUUGAAUUUUUGAAGGUAUAAGAAAAAAUAUUCAAAAAAAUCUUCACUGGUCCAAUAUGGUGAGUAUGCUUAUACUACUGACCUCAUUCAUUUCAGAAACACCCCGAAUAGUGAAUAAUAAUUAGUUUUGACAAGUUAUUAUUAAAAACAUAAAACUACUUAAUUCACAAUUUGAUGACUCAAGAUACGUAAGAACAAAAUGGAUAUUAUAAGGAAUGGACAGUAUCUUCGAUACACGUGUAUCCUGCUUCCUGCAUCUUGGCUGUAUCUUUUGACAAUUAAUAAUCUAUCUUUUAUUAAACGGUAACAGUCUAUAACAAACAGUAUAGUUCGACAGUAGUCUAUUAGAGAAGACAUUUUUAAAAACUAUUCACUGAAAGCUAAUUUUUUUAAAGUUCAUUUAACUUUCAAUACUUUUCAUAAUAAUAUAUAUUAUUUAAAAUGGCAAAGAAAGUAGGAGAUUCGGCUGAACUCAACUACGACAUGAACUACAAUUUGUUUUUGUUGAAGACUUCUAUGCAGAAUUUAAAAACAGCACAGGAUAAACAUAACGUGAACCGUUGGGUGCACAAAUUGUUGGCGAGCAAUAAGACGGUUGCUGAAAUGAAGCUCCGAAACGAUUUCAUGUUCCAUUUGGUGACAGCCGUCCAAGAGGGCGAGCUUCGCCCACCGUUCAAUCAGUAUCCGCCGUCGUUACCCCUCAACAAUCUGACGUACCUACUAACGGGAAGCGCACCCAGUGCUAGUGGCAAGGACGGGAAAAAAGGCGCUGGUGCUUGGGAAUGCGACUUAAACAGCGAAGACACGGAAAAGCCUAUGUUGUACAGACAGUCACCUGACGGCGGAGCGUUUUUGGCCGCACAACCUAUACCAAAGUGUGGAGCGUUCUGCUACUUGGCCGUGGUCAGCAAGCCACCAGCAAAGGACGACAAGCCCAAGUUGUAAACGUAAUAAGUGGACCAUACCUACCAUGUCUGAUAUACAUAAAUUUUACAUGAA